GUUAAGAUCAGGUCUAAGUCUGAUAUGAACGCUUUUCAUGUUGCCGCUAAACUUGGACAUUUGGGUAUGCUUUUUUUCUAUGAUUCCUUUGUUUUUUUUUCUUGAUUUUAAUGAUUUUUCAGCUUUGAUUUUUGAUGUUUUCUUUUGCUUUGGGGUUUAGAGGGAAGGGAUGAAUUUUGAAUGAAAAUUAUGAUUAGAAUUUUGGAUUUUGGAUUUUUCUGUUUUUCUUGCAGUAUUUGCGUUUUCCGAUGUAUAUUUGAGGUAAGGGUUGGAGAGAGAAUUUUUUUUAGUAUUCCUGUUUAACACACAUACUCGAAGUUCGGAACGAAAUUGAAUCUAGUUAUUUUAGCAACUUAUUGUUUCAACUAUUUGACUUUUUUGAAUUUGGGAUACUAACGAAGCGUAUAGCCAAGAGAAACCAUGAACUCGAAUCAAAGGGCUUGCCGAACCCAUAGAGUAAAUAUUCCAUGUUAGAUGGUACAUCUUUCUUGGUAUAUCAAGACUCGAGAUAAUCGAUCGGAACAUAAGUCUUAUGCGAGCAACUCUGAGCUAAAAUCGGGCAUGGUGAAGGAACUUUUGGGGUUAUGGCCAGAACUUUGUGGGGUAUGCGACUCUACGAAUACGAGCCCCCUUUAUUCUGCAGCUGUUAAAGGUCAUUUAGAGGUGGUAAAUGCGAUAUUGAAUGCCGAUGCCAGUUGCAUACGGAUAGUGCGUAAAAACAGAAAGACAGCCUUACAUACAGCUGUGAGGUAUGGCCUUAUCGAUAUCGUAAAAGCUCUUAUCGAUUGCGAUCAAGGAAUUGUUGGCAUCAAAGAUAAGAAAGGCCAAACUGCACUCCAUAUGGCUGUCAAGGGUCAAUGUCCGGCAGUAGUUGAUGAAUUAUUGUUCGCCAAUCACUCCAUUCUGAACGAACGUGACAAAAAGGGGAAUACGGCAUUGCACAUCGCUACGAGGAAAUCUCGCGCGCAGAUUGUGAGCUUGUUGCUAACUUAUAGAUCUACCGAUGUCAACGCCAUAAAUAAUCAACACGAAACCGCGAUGGAUUUGGCUGAUAAACUCCAGUACGGUGAAUCCGCGUUCGAAAUUAAAGAAGCUCUAACGGAGGCUGGUGCUAAACAUGCUAGGUCCGUUGGUCAAGUAGAUGAAGCAAUGGAACUUAAGAGGACAGUGAGUGAUAUUAAGCACGAAGUUGACUCGCAGUUUAUACAAAACGAAAAAACGAACCGAAGAGUUACGGGAAUCGCCAAAGAACUACGGAAACUUCACAGAGAAGCAGUGCAAAACACCACGAAUUCCAUCACUGUCGUCGCUGUUCUCUUCGCGUCAAUAGCUUUCUUAGCAAUCUUCAACUUGCCCGGUCAAUACGUAAGUGAUGAUCCGGAUAGCGGGAAAGCGAAUAUAGCCGAUAACGUCAGUUUUCGGGUUUUUUGCCUCUUGAAUGCUACAUCCCUCUUCAUAUCGCUUGCCGUUGUCGUAGUGCAGAUCACAUUGGUCGCAUGGGACACAACGGCACAAAAGCAGGUUGUAUCGGUAGUUAACAAGUUGAUGUGGGCCGCUUGUGGUUGCACAUGCGGAGCAUUUUUAUCGAUAGCUUUUGUGGUUGUCGGAAAAGGUAGUUCAUGGAUGGCUGUUACGAUAACCAUCGUUGGAGCACCAAUCCUAGUUGGGACACUUGCUAGUAUGUGUUACUUUGUUUUCCGGCAAAGGUUCGGGAUUUUCCGGAGCGAUUCUCAAAGACGAAUAAAACGAGCAACCGGGAGUAAGUCUUUUUCAUGGUCAUAUUCUGCAAAUAUAUCAGAUGAUGAUGAUUAUAAUUCUGAUCUUGAGAAGAUAUAUGCUUUAUAAAACACUAUUGUAUGCCUGUAAAAAGCAAUGUACAGCUAAUACGAGACAGCCCGGAAUAGCUGAAGAAUCGCCCUUUCCGUGAAAUGGCCGUCUGGCGGACCAACGACCGGGUUAGUUUUGAGGAUCAAAUAAGGGGUCGAGGGGGAAUAGAAUAGCCAUUCUAUCGAACCAAAUAUGAUGUAAAUGGCCGAUGAUACCGGAAAUGUUACCCAUACUCGGAUUCCGGUUAAGUAUAUAUUUGUAUUAUUAUUAAUAUUAUCAUUACUACUUUUUUGUGAAAUAAUAAUUACAUAAUCUUGAAUUUAA